UUGGUCAUGUCUCAGGAAGGAAGUCUGAGAAGUGUGAGAAAAUCUCACUCAUUACUUGAGACGCUGUGGGAGACAGGCGUGAACGAACAUGCUUACGUUGCUGGAAGUCAAACACAGGAUGAUGACGGUUCAGUGUGAGGAACAGUCGAGGUCAUGCAGGCUCUGAAGAUGAUGAGUUGAAGAAGAUGGAGGGGCCAUGCGAUGCAGGAAAAACCCAGGGAGACUUAAAAGCCUCCUCCUUUCACAGCGUGAUUGGCAGCUUCACUCCCACAUUCUCGGCACAGACUGGCGGGAAUAUUGCAGCUCCUGUCUUCGUCGACUGUCAAUUUGGGAGCGUAACCAUAGACACAACAAUCAAAGGGUCCGCGAAUGAUAAACAUGGUUUUGAGGUUCCUGCACAUGAAAGUGAGUCAAAAAGGGCCCCAAACUACCACUGCAGUUCUUUGGGUGACGAGUGCCAGAAGAGGCUGAAAGCUCAUUUCAAAAGACUUUUCAGCCAUUUGAAUGAGAGUCUGUGCGGCACAACUGACAGAACCGCCCUCCACGAGAUCUACACCGAGCUCUUCAUCACUGAGGGGGAAAGCUGUGACGUCAACAAGGAGCAUGAAAUCAGGCAGAUCGAGGCAACAUCGAGGCGGGUGCACUUGGAGCCUGAGAAGUCCAUCCGCUGCAGCGACCUCUUUACAGACAGCCAGACUAGAACAGUGGUCACCAGGGGAGUGGCUGGCAUCGGGAAAACCGUUCUUGUUCACAAGUUCACGUUGGACUGGGCGGAGGAGAGAGCAAACCUCCACCUGAAGUUUGUCAUCCCGCUCUGUUUUCGGGAGCUGAAUCUGUUAAAGAAGGAAUGUAGUUUCGUGGACAUGGUUUCCUGCAUCUUCCCCGAAACCAAAGAAUCUGGAAUCUUUGAGAAUACGGACUUAUGCAAGGUCCUGAUCAUCCUGGAUGGCCUCGACGAGAGUUGUCUGCCUUUGGACUUUGAAAACGGUGAGAUCGUCUCUGAUGUGACCCAGCCAUCCACAGCAGCUUUGAUCCUGGUCAAUCUCAUCCGGGGGAAGAUGCUUCCAGAGACCAAGUUAUGGAUCACCACCCGCCCGGCGGCUUUCAGCCAAGUCCCGCAGGAGAGCAUUGAUCUUGUGACAGAGGUGAGGGGCUUCACCGAUGAGCAGAAGGUGAAGUACUUCCACCGUAAAAUUGCAGACAUGGACCUGGCAGACAGGAUUGUUGCUCAUGUGAAGUCUAUCAGGAGCCUUCACAUCAUGUGCCACAUACCGAUCUUCUGUUUGAUGGCUGCAAGGGUUCUGAAACAUAAAUUGACCACAGCAGAUGGUCAAAACACGCCCAGGACCCUCACACAGAUGUACAUACAUUUCCUGUCCAUUUACGUCAAUGGCGUGAGGAAGAGACCGUCUCUGAGGCGGGCAUCAACCUCAGAGAGUCUGAGAGAAAAUCUCAUCACGUUGGGUAAACUGGCCUUCGAAGGGCUGAAGAACGGUCAGAUGAUAUUCUACGAGCAAGACCUCAGUCGGAAUGGCAUUGAGGUAGCGCGUGCUUCAGCCCUGUCAGGCCUCUACACUCAGAUAUUCAAUGAGAAGAUGGUGCUGCUUGGCGAGAAGACAUUCUGCUUUGUGCAUUUAAGUAUCCAGGAGUUCUUUGCUGCACUAUAUGUUUUUCUCACCUUCCACAACGAGAACAAGAACGUGUUGGUGAAGAAGUCUUCAGUCAGAAGGCGCCUCAUGGGGCUCUCCAGGGACUCUUCAGAGAUCAUCCUCUACAAGGAAGCGGUGGAAAAGGCGUUGCACUGUGAGGAUGGCCGUUUUGAUCUCUUCCUUCGCUUCCUUUUGGGGUUAUCUCUGGAGGCCAACCAGGCGUUGCUGGAACCUCUGAUGGCCAGCAACAGAAGCAAACCAAAAACACGCUCGCAAGUCAUCGAGCACAUCAAGGGAAAGAUCCAUUCCAGUCCCUCCCCAGACCGAAGCCUCAACCUCCUUUACGGACUCAAUGAGAUGAAUGACCAGUCGCUGGAGGAGGAGAUCAAGAGCAUCAUCAAGGUGGGAAGUCUGAGCAGCACCUCGCUGUCUCCCACUCAGUGGGCUUCUUUGGUGUUUGUACUGCUGACAUCAACCAAGGAGCUGAGCGUGUUUGUGCUGAAGGACUACGGCAGGUCGGAGGAGGGUCUCCUGAAGCUGCUGCCGGUGCUCAAGACGGCCCAGGUGGCAAAGCUGGACGGCUGCCACCUCACUGCGUGCUGCUGUGAGCCUCUUGCCAGUAUCAUGGGCACUUCCAAGCUUCGAGAGCUGGACCUGAGUGACAACAUGCUGACCGAUGCAGGCUUCAAACGGCUGUCCGAAGGCAUGAAGGGCAGCCGACUGCAGACGCUGAGAUUGCGGAGCUGCGGCCUCUCAGAGACCAGCGCUGAUGAUUUGGCAGAACUUCUCCACACAGAGUUGUUUCAACUCAAGGUUUUGGACCUGAGUGACAACAACUUUCAGGACUUGGGUGUCAGAAAGCUCUCAGUCGGGCUCACGAGUCCUCACUGUAAACUAGAAGUGCUAGUUCUGUGUCUUUGUCGGGUGACAGAAGUGGGAUGCACAUUUUUAGCAUCUGCUCUGAACUCGGCCCGUCUCAGAGAACUGGACCUGAGCUACAACCACCCAGGGGAGUCAGGAGUGAGACUGCUGUCCACGCUGUGCGCUGACCCAUUGUGCUCGCUGGAGAAAUUCAGUUGUGAUGAGUGUAACGAAUCAAGAAUUCAUCCUGGUCCAAAGAUAUAUGCAACUCAACUUUCCCUGGACCCAGAUACAGCCCAUCCUGACAUUUCUUUGGCUGAGGGAUACAGAAAAGCCUCACGGGGUGUUACACAGCCAUAUCCACACAGUCCACAGAGGUUUGACUUUUACACCCAGGUGUUGUGCAGGGAGGAACUGGCCCGACGCUGCUAUUGGGAGAUCAAGUGGUGUGGACGAGUGCUCAUUGCUGUAGCCUACAGGAAGAUGAGCCGCGAAGGAGAAGGUCAUGAUGCUUGGCUGGGACAGAACGACGACUCCUGGGCUCUGAGCUGUCACGAAGGCGGCUACAAGACCUUCCACAAUGGCGCCAGCACUGCAUUGACCGUCAACCCUCAUAGUGAUAAAAUAGGAGUCUUCCUGGACUGGCAUGCAGGUGCACUGUCCUUCUUUGAGGUCCGCGGAGACACACUGACUCUCCUCGCUACCUUAAAUGCCAACUUCACUGAGCCAGUCUACCCUGGAUUUAGGCUCGGCUGGGUGGACUCCACGGUUCAGCUGUGCUAAUUCGACAUCUAAUACGUGUACCUCAAAUGAUAACACAAGAGAAAGUGUCAUCAACAUCAGGGUGGAAGUGCUCCAGUGAUGAGCAAGGCCUUUGCUAUAUAAUGCGCGGAAGUGAGGUUUUUAAACCUUCUCUCCAUCAGCGCAAUCUCACUCAGUCUGCAUGUUUUGGUAAUGACAUCCACUCCACUCAUGACAUGACAUGUUUUGAUAUAUUUGGUAAAGUAAUAUGGUAGCUUUUGGCAGAUGUUUGAAUUCCUUCAUUCAAUUACAAAAACUGAAAUAUACUUUCCAAUUCAAUCGUAAUCCUAACCUGUGAUUUUCUUCACUGAUAGCUUUUGCUAUUAUGUCAUGUAUCACUGCACACAUGGAUUCAUUGUGAAAUGUGAAGUCUUUUCUAAGUGCAUCAGGCCGCCUUUUUAAUAUGUAAAUAAA